GUCAAAGUUUCUGUACGAAAAUAGUUUUUACAAAAAUUUAAGAAUUAUUCAUAAGUGACACUUAUCACCUAUAUUAAUAUAGGUGUCUAUUACAAGUUAUGAAUAUUAUACAAAUAAAAUAAUUAAUUUAGAUAAUAAACUGCAACGAUGUUUAACAUGAAAUUAAUUUGUGCUAUCUUUAGUGUUAUUUUCGUGGUGUGUGCCUCUGCUGAGUUAAGCAAAGCAAGAAAUUUCGAUGGAAAAGGUCAAGUUAUAGAUGUAAGGAACUACGAUGAAAUCGAUCCAGUUGUGGACAUGCUACUGAAUAAUGAAUAUGAGAAUCCCGUAGAACCAACAAACAAUAAAGUUGAAGAAGGUGUAGAAACUGAGCUGAUAUUAUACCCCGAUGGUGUUUGGAAGUGCGGUAACUGUACUAAUAUGAAACAAAUGAAACUGUUAUACUCAGAAGCGUAUGACCAUGACACGAACUACGACGAAUACGCAGAAGAACUAAACAUGGAAAUACAGAUCGGGCUUUCCUUAAAAAACAUGCGUUGCAUCACGAUGGAGGCAGAAGAAGAUAUUGACGUUAGGCUAGUUAGCGGCGCGUGCGCAGGCGAGCAAGCUACUUUGGGUGUUAUGAGGGCCACUCACUGUGUUGUGUCUGUUUAUGGUUAAGAUUGCGAUAACAUUUACCUGUCUAUUGAUAUUUCCAACUCUCUGGGAAAUCCUAAGUAUGGGUAUUUGUAUAUCCCAGUUUUUGUAUUAAAUGUUUUUACCUGCGUGUUUUU